GCUAACCUUCGGUGCAUAUUCGAAGGGCAAAAUGGCGUAUUUCGUAUUUUGAAAACUAUCAUUCCGAAUGGAAUCGCAUUUAACACGCCAACUUGUGUUAUUUACGACGAGAUACUAAUGUAUACUAACCCAUAUAAGUGAUAUAAGUGUAUUGUUCUCGUUUUUUACGUCUGAAUUUAGAUUUUUAUUUAAAGUUCCUCAAAAUGGCGCAUGGUGUCUGCUAUGGGGUGACCACAUGCGCCAGUCCGAGAUAAUUUUGUAUUGUAAUAAUCAUGUACAAUCUUGGUGGAUUCAAAUUAAAACGAGGACUUAGAUACAGCGUCGCCUGACCUAUUACCUUCACCCUACAACCUCACGACAGCAAAAUGGCGACCGCCAUCCAACGUAUCGCGAAGGAUUUGUGGCGUCUGUCGCCUUCGAUUUUUCAUCCACUACGACAGAUUCAGAGGCUCUCGCGUAGACUGGCCCCCUCGCCAUACUUACCUCAUAGUCAUUUUUUCUGCAAAGCGGCAUCACCCCAGAAUGAGGACUCUACCCAGGCUGCUGAGGCUCUAUCCCGCUACAAUGACAGACCCUGGGAUUAUCUGGAGAGUGAAGAGUACAUUGAGAGGUAUGGAGCCAGUCCAGUGUGGGAAGGCUACAGGAGGAACCACAAAGGAGGCAUUCCCCCCCAGAAGACACGCAAGACCUGCAUUAGAGGAGACAAGAUAUGUGGCAACCCCUGUCCAAUUUGUCGGGAUCCAAACACUGUUAUUCACCAUCAGAAUGUGAAGUUAUUGCAGCAGUUCAUUAGUCCCCAUUCUGGAAUCGUGUAUGAUUCCACUCAAACCGGUUUGUGUAUGAAACAGCAGAAGAAGCUAAAUGAGGCCAUCAGCACAGCACAAGAUCUUGGCUUACUACGCUUUCAGAUUCCAUAUGUGAAAUUUACAGGAGAAGACUUCUACAGUUCUCAUGAUGCUGUGGGGUCCACACCACCUCACCCGUCCUUAACCUCUGGAGACACCUGGUAUAAAUGGUAUAGUGAAAUAAUACCUGACGGAAAAGAAGUGGCUAAAGUCAAGAAGGCAUACAAGGCUUAUUUAAAGUGAUGGACACCACUUGAAUUAUCACUUAAGUUUCUUUUGAUGUGCUAUGUUGAAGUGUUAUGGACCAUGUGCAUUGCCACCCUGUUUCAUGUCCCACAGUAUGAGCGUAAAAAAUAAACCACAUAAUGAAAA